AUGCAGUUAAUGUCCGUUCUCUUCGUCCUUCUACAGACCGCCCUUGCUCUACCGAACGUGCCGCGCAUACCACCACUACCACCCAGCCAACUCUACAUCGCAGACACAGGCGUAGGCCACCGCAGCACCCCCGUAACCCGCUGGCGGACAUCUCUGCGUCGCCUUGACACCGAUGGCACCAAUGCCGCCAAACUCCGAGAAUUCGGUCCCACAGGAUCCCCAGGCUCGCCACCGGAACCCAUCGGCGCGUAUGCCAUGACGUCCAACCCCUCGACGCAACAGCUGUACAUCGCUACCGGUGAAGGCAUCAUCCGCACCGAACUCGACGGCUCAAAUCCCACACCCAUCAUCAACGAAAGCGCAAGCGCACUCACGAUUACCAAAUCCGGGACACUGUACUACGGGACUCAGACUACAGGGCUGAUCAAGCGCGCGGACCUGGAUGGAAAGAACGCGGAAGUCUUCCUCAACGUCUCCCAAGGCAUGAACUUUAUCGGCAACCCGCCGUCUUAUUCAUACUCGAACAGCUGGCCAUCCGGUCUCGCCGUCGACGAGGAAAGCCAGCUCGUCUACUGGAGCGCAAAUCGCGACCUCGAAGCGGGCUCGAUCCGGCGGUAUCCUCUCCGCCCGGUGCCGUGUCUGCAGAGCCAGUGCGAAGAGCUGCUUGUUGAUUGGAUAAGUUCGCCGGGCCAAUUGCGCAUCGUCGACUCGCAUCUCUACUGGGCUGAAGAAGGCCGCUGGUACAAUUCACCCACGUCUCUCAAGCGCGCUAAAUUCCCCACUACGCGAGUCAGCGGGCCUGGGGCAGUACCUGUUCAUACUCUGAUCCACUCCAAUCAGAGCAAAGUCUUCUUCGAGGCAGAUAUGACGGGGGAGGUGGACACGCUGAAGAUUACGAGCUUUGCGGUAGAUGAGCGCACGGGACGGUUGUGGAUGGUUUUGAUGAGCGGGCUGAGGACCAUGUUUGGGAAGGUGGUGGAGCUUGUGGGGGGUGCGGAUGCGGAUGGAGAUGGGCUGCUGGGGGUGCUAAAUGUAAAUGUUACGGAGCAUAUUUUAGGGGGCAGAAUAGUCUACUCAAGAUUCACCACUUUUGAGCCCCCGCCUAGGUUGAGCGGCGGGCGCCCUUCGUGGCUUGCUUCUAGCUCUUCUCUCGUUGAAAACCCACCCCAACCGUACGCCACCCGCCUCUGCCGAACCGCCCGACGAAAUUCGACUGCGCGCCUGCCCACAAUGCCCCUCGGCUUCGAGCGCAUAAACGAGCGCACGCAGCGCCCCAAUGCCCUUAUAAACUUCAUCAAGCCCCUCCCGGGCUCGGCCGCUGAGGUCGCCGAGAACAUCCUCAACCGCGUCGCCGCUGUCUGCUACCCGUUCAUGAAGUCGCACAUGAUCCUCGUACAAGCGCUCGAAGAGUUCCCCUACAACACCGAGUUCGUCGGCCGCAACUUUAAUGCAGGAGAAGUGAUACAACUAGUGCUGAGAGACCGGCAUGGGCGGUGGCUGCCGCAACGGAUGGUGGAGAUGGUCAUGGUCCACGAGCUGGCGCAUUGCAAGCAGAUGAAUCACUCCGAGGCCUUUUGGAAGGUGAGGGAUGCGUAUGCGGUGGAGCUAAGGGUGCUGUGGGCGAAGGGGUAUACUGGGGAGGGUUUGUGGGGACGGGGUAGAAACCUGGCGAACGGCGCUGUGCAGCGGGAGAGCGUGGACCCGGGAGAUGUGCCAGAGCACCUUUGUGGUGGAACGUAUGGCAGGAGGUCUAAGAAGAGACGGCGAGGUGGCAAGACGAAGGAGACACUGUCCUAUGCAGAGAGAAAGCAGCGGCGCAUUCUGAAGAAAUUUGGCGCGGGCGGCCAGGCGCUAGGAGCGGACGACGGCACCAAAGUCAAACUCGAGGGAGGUGUUGCGAAGAAAGGAAAGCCCAAAGUGGCUGGGAGUGCGCGUGGCAGAGAGCUCAGAGCCGCCGCAGCGCUAACACGCUUUGAAACGGUCAAGAAGGAGCCUGAGGUGAAGAAAGAAGAGACGCCAUCGGAUAGCGAGACUGAGGACGAGGAUACUGGCGGAGAGGAUGCUGCCAUUGACGUCGACGGCACCAAGAUGACAGACGACAAGGGUCGCGCUCUGGUCAAGAUCUGUGAAGAGGAAGACGACAAGGACGAGGAUGCAAUGAGGGAGCUUGCGGAGAUUGAAGGUUUGGGAGCUCCCAGGACGAAAACGAAUAAAUCCCUUCAGCCCCCUUCCGGAGCAUCUUCGCAGCCCAAGAAACCCGCAGAUCCACCGCCAGCGCCCGCAAAGGAAGCAAAGAAACCCGCCCCAAGCGGCUCUGCCCCCUCCCGCUCUUCAGCACACGUCGUACGCCUCGACGAAAUAUACAAGCGACGCCCCUACUCUCCUCCAGAACCACAAACUGCACCCACCAGAGUCGCCUGCGCCAUCUGCUCGCUGAUCAACGAACCGGCCUCGAUCACAUGCAUGGCGUGCUCUAACGUGCUGAACCCACUUCUGAUGCCGAACCACUGGAAGUGUAGAAGCGCGGCAUGCAAAGACAGUAACUACGUCAAUUCCAGCGACGCCGGCAGGUGUGGAAUCUGUGGGGCUGCAAAGACGGCAGAAUGAACAGUGGUACGAUAAGAAACGAAGUUAAUGCGUACAUGGUUACGAAGGCGCAAUUGAAGCAAGUCUAGGAUGACUGGCGAAUGGCUGACUUGCGGACUGGGUGGAUUAGUGCUUGAUACACCGGGUUUUGUCCUGGCGCAAUAUACUUCUUCGUGAGUGAUUAGCACUUGAGCAUAACUGGGUAAUAGUCGGAAUCGCAUCAUCCACUGGAUCUAACUAGCUUUGUGAGCUUAACUUAUGUUUCUUUGCUUGAGUAUACG